AUGGCCCUCCGUUUGAGAACAUCCACCCGGGCUUUCAAGGUACGUCCCUUCACCCGCGUCGCCGUCUCCGGCGUUCGCGGAUAUGCCACGGCCGAGCCCGACCUCAAGACCACCCUCCGCGAGGCCAUUCCCGCCAAGCGCGAGCUCCUCAAGAAGGUCAAGGCCCACUCCAACAAGACUCUCGGUGAAGUCAAGGUCGAGAACACACUUGGCGGCAUGCGCGGCCUCAAGGCCAUGGUCUGGGAGGGCUCCGUUCUCGACGCCAACGAGGGCAUUCGCUUCCACGGCCGCACCAUCAAGGACUGCCAGAAGGAGCUUCCCAAGGGCAAGACUGGCACUGAGAUGCUGCCCGAGGCCAUGUUCUGGCUGCUCCUCACUGGCCAAGUCCCCUCCACGAACCAGGUCCGCACCUUCUCCCGCCAGCUCGCCGAGCAGGCCCAGAUCCCCCAGUUCGUCUCCAAGAUGCUUGACGACUUCCCUACGGAUCUCCACCCCAUGACCCAGUUUGCCAUGGCCGUCUCCGCCCUCAACUACGAGUCCAAGUUUGCCAAGGCCUACGAGCAGGGCCUCAACAAGGCCGACUACUGGGAGCCCACCUUUGACGACUGCAUCUCGCUGCUCGCCAAGCUGCCCACCAUUGCUGCCAAGAUCUACCAAAACUCGUACCGUGGCGGCGGUGCUCUCCCCGCCGAGGUCGACCUCGAGCAGGAUUGGUCCUACAACUUCGCCGCCAUGCUCGGCAAGGGUGGCAAGAAGAACGAGAACUUCCAGGACCUCCUCCGUCUCUACCUUGCUCUGCACGGUGACCACGAGGGUGGCAACGUUUCCGCUCACGCUACCCACUUGGUUGGAAGCGCUCUCAGCGAUCCCUUCCUGUCUUACAGCGCCGGCCUGCAGGGUCUCGCAGGUCCCCUUCACGGACUUGCCGCCCAAGAGGUGCUCCGAUGGAUCCUCCAGAUGAAGGAGAACAUCCCCGCCGCCUACUCCGACCAGGACGUCAACGACUACCUCUGGUCCACCCUCAACUCAGGGCGAGUCGUUCCUGGCUAUGGCCACGCUGUGCUCCGCAAGCCCGAUCCUCGAUUCGAGGCCCUCAUGGACUACGCCGCUGCCCGCCCUGAGAUUGCCCAGGACCCCGUCUUCCAGCUGGUCCAGAAGAACAGCCUGAUCGCGCCCGAGGUGCUGAAGAAGCACGGCAAGACCAAGAACCCCUACCCCAACGUCGACAGCAGCUCCGGUGUCCUGUUCCACCACUACGGCUUCCACGAGACCCUCUACUACACCGCCACCUUUGGUGUCUCGCGAGGUCUCGGCCCUCUGGCUCAGCUGAUCUGGGACCGCGCCCUGGGUCUUCCUAUUGAGCGACCCAAGAGCAUCAACCUCGAGGGUAUCCUCAAGGAGGUUGAGGGAAAAUAAGUUCUGCGGGUUGAAUGAAAAGUAAAUCACAUGAAGCGACAAGAGCAGGAUCUAAAUAUGUAUAUACCGGUUCACAAAGGACCAUGACAGCUCAUGAAUGACAUCAAUUCCAGUAGUUUGGCCUCGGUCGC